CAGAUUUUAAUACUUCUUUAAAUUCAAUAGUUCCUUUCCUUUUUACGUAAACAAAAAAAUGGAGAACCAAAAGCAACGCCAAGCUGCUUACAUGACGAGAAGCCUCUUGGACCGGGGAUACCUUGACGAACAAUUUAUUCAUCUUGAAGAAUUGCAAGAUGAUGCAAAUCCUAACUUUGUUGAAGAAGUUGUCAAGCUAUUUUAUACAUAUUCUGCCAAAUUUAUUCGCAAUAUUGAACUUGCACUGGAAAAUGGACCCUAUGAUUUUGCUAGGCUGGAUAAUUUGAUGUACCAAUUCAAGGGUAGCAGCUCAAGGUAGCAUGUCCAAGUUCACAAUAAUACAUCUAUAAUUAUUUAGAGUUUAUGAGUAUUAUAUAUGUACUGAAGGUAUAAAAAAUAUUUACACAAUAGAUCGGACUUGAAAGAUAAUUGCAGGUAAUUCUAUAUUAUAAUUUUAGUUUGUAAUCUAGAAUAAAUUAUCAAGUAGCAUUCUAUAACAUGUUAAAAUACACUAAUAAUAUAAAAUUGAUA